AAGCACCUUUCGUUCAAUUAUUAGCCACUCAUCUAAUUCUUUAUUUGUUUCAUUUGACAUUCAUAUUAAUUCUUAAUCAUAAAGUAUUAUAAAUAUAUAAAUUAUAUCAAAUGAAAUUACAAUUAGUAUUAUGUGUUUUGUCGGCUGUGGUGUUAAUUGAGGCCAAGAGAGAGCCAAAGUUUGCGCCAUAUAUUGAUGUGACGGCAGCGAAUGACUUCAAACUAACAGAUCUUAAGAACAAGUACGGAGUGACAGCCUUCUCCUUGGCCUUUGCAUUGGGAGGAACUGCCGGUUGCAGUCCUAUGUGGGGCGGACAGGUGGCCAUCGAUGACAAGAAUAUCAUUGAUAACAUCAAGGCAUUCAAGGCUGCGGGCGGUGAUGUCAUUGUCUCGACUGGCGGUGCUUUGGGUCCAUAUUUAGAGCAAAGUUGUCAUUCAGCCGGAGAACUGGCGAAUGCCUACAAGAGAGUGCUAUCAGUGACCGGAUCCUCUCAUUUGGACAUUGAUAUUGAGACGACAGUAAAUAUAGAUCUGAUGAGCCAGGCGUUAGCACAGGUCCAGAAGGAGAUGUCAUCCCUUACCGUCAGUUUUACUCUUAUGGUUCAGGGGGACGACUACGGAGUGAUUGAUUCAUUAGGAGUACAAGUGCUCAAAAACGCGGCCAAACAUGGAGUGAACGUCGAUAUCGUAAACCCGAUGACAAUGGAGUUCGGGUCGAGUAAGAAGUCGUGGGGCGACGCCGUCAUCGCCGCCGCGGAGGCCACACAUAAACAGAUGAAACAGGUUUGGCCUCAAAAGAGCGAUCAGGAACUGUACUCUAUGUUAGGGGUGACCCCAAUGUUGGGCAAGAACUUCAACGGCAAGAUCUUUAACCAGGAUCACGCCCGACAACUCGCCAAGAGAGAGCCAAAGUUUGCGCCAUAUAUUGAUGUGACGGCAGCGAAUGACUUCAAACUAACAGAUCUUAAGAACAAGUACGGAGUGACAGCCUUCUCCUUGGCCUUUGCAUUGGGAGGAACUGCCGGUUGCAGUCCUAUGUGGGGCGGACAGGUGGCCAUCGAUGACAAGAAUAUCAUUGAUAACAUCAAGGCAUUCAAGGCUGCGGGCGGUGAUGUCAUUGUCUCGACUGGCGGUGCUUUGGGUCCAUAUUUAGAGCAAAGUUGUCAUUCAGCCGGAGAACUGGCGAAUGCCUACAAGAGAGUGCUAUCAGUGACCGGAUCCUCUCAUUUGGACAUUGAUAUUGAGACGACAGUAAAUAUAGAUCUGAUGAGCCAGGCGUUAGCACAGGUCCAGAAGGAGAUGUCAUCCCUUACCGUCAGCUUUACUCUUAUGGUUCAGGGGGACGACUACGGAGUGAUUGAUUCAUUAGGAGUUCAAGUGCUCAAAAACGCGGCCAAACAUGGAGUGAACGUCGAUAUCGUAAACCCGAUGACAAUGGAGUUCGGGUCGAGUAAGAAGUCGUGGGGCGACGCCGUCAUCGCCGCCGCGGAGGCCACACAUAAACAGAUGAAACAGGUUUGGCCUCAAAAGAGCGAUCAGGAACUGUACUCUAUGUUAGGGGUGACCCCAAUGUUGGGCAAGAACUUCAACGGCAAGAUCUUUAACCAGGAUCACGCCCGACAACUCGUCAAUUGGGCCAAACAGAAACAGAUCGGACACUUGUCCUUCUGGUCCAUCAACAGAGACAGAGGCUGUGCGGGUAAACCCGUGGGCCCCACCUGUUCCAGCAUAUCUGAACAAGAUCACGAGUUCACUAAAAUAUUUAUAGAAGAGGCGCACUUCCUUAGACUCGUGUCUAUACUACACGACCUCCUCUUAUGCGACACCAAAUCCAAAGACAAGAAGGAAGACCUACAGAGCCAUACCGUCAAUCUGUUGACGUCAAUGCCUGCGCCCAGCUUUGAAGAGUUGCUGUCGCCGGUCACGGAAAUGGGUCGACCCGACAAUCCCGACCACGAAUACGACGAAAUGAAUGUGGAAGUGAUCGCCGUUUUGCUACAAUUCCUCUCCAAACGACUCGAUAAUCAUACGGUCCAGAAUAGCAGAGAGCGAUUGGCGCCGGUGCUGACGUGUCUGAGUGAGGCCUCCCGGGCCAACGCGACGAUUCGCAAAUACCUGCGCCUCAAGAUAUUGCCGCCGCUCAAGGAUGUCAAGGAACGGCCCGAAGAGGGGACCACACUUCGCAACCGAUUGGUGCGACUCAUGACAUCACCGCACACUGAAGUCAAAGAACUGGUCGCAGACUUCCUGUUCGUGUUGUGCAAAGAGAAUGUCUCGCGACUCAUCAAAUACACCGGUUAUGGCAAUGCGGCCGGACUUCUGGCCAAUCGGGGCCUCAUGUUAGGCGGCGCCGGCAAUACUGGCAACUAUUCCUCCGAGUCUGAAGAGAGCGACACUGAAGAGUAUUCCCAAUACAAAGACAAAAUAAAUCCGGUGACGGGUUGUUAUGAAGAGCCAAAACCGGAUCCGAUGGCAGGUAUGACAGCAGAGCAGAAGGAGUACGAAGCCAUUCAGCCAAAACCGGAUCCCAUGGCAGGUAUGACAGCAGAGCAGAAGGAGUACGAAGCCAUUCGUUUGGUUGAAAUGAUCGAUAAGUUAGCAAAGACAGGGGUUGUGAAGCCAUGCCGUGUGGGAGAGGAUGGAAAGCCUCAUCCGGUCGAACAUAUACUGGAAUUGCAACAAAUGGUUGUUCAGAGUAAACGAAAGGAUUCAGAAACUGACGAUUAGAUGAAAGGCUUUUUGCACAAAACUUUGUCAUUAAAUCAUUUCCAAAUACAAUAUAAGCUUAAAAUAAACUCUUUUUAGAUAAACUUAAAGCUUAUGUUCUCUUAAAAAGAAAACAACGAUUUUAUUGACACUUAUCCUUAACUAUUGACGUAUUUUU